GCACCUUUUGGCAACUAAAUUAACGGUUCAUUUGCUAAAUACACGACGACGGACACCCUUUGAAAUUUCGCCACUCAAUUUCAGUGCGUGAGUGGGGUGUGUGUGCGAGUGUGCCGCGAGUCCUGUAACAAAUUUCAUUUAUUCACUGAUUUGAAUAUUCACACACACACACACUAACCGAAGGACACUAGGCCAGAGAGCAAGUGAGUGUGUGUGUUGUGCUUCCGUGUGACAGUGUGUGUGUGUGGUGUGUGUGUGCAGCAUGAUUUAUUGGUCCUGCAGCGGGCGUGAUGUAAAGUGACAAUUUCUGGUAAUUUUCGAUUUACAUGCCGCCGUGCAUAGGACAGAAGACCGAUUGCAAUUUGCCGAGUUGAAAGUUCAAUAAACCCACAUACAGAAAAGAGGGUCAGCGUAACUAUAGCAAAGAUGCUGUUCAAGUGGCUGCUGUUCAGUCUGAGCAUAAUGCCGGCGAUGUUCAGCAACACGAGAAGGAAGUGCCCCAUUGAAUGCCAAUGCAGCAUGGAUGAGUCGGAUCGUUACCAGGCCAUCUGUACAAAAGGUGGCUUAAACUCACUGCUCACACCCAACGAGCUGGACAUCGAUGUAAAGGUCAUCAUUAUCCGUGGGCCCAGAAAUUCCAUUACCAUAGGACCGGCUCUGCGUCAGUUCAUGAAACUGGAGAUAUUACGCAUCACGGAAUCAAAUCUGCCGGCAAUCGGAGCCGAGUCGUUCUGGGGCCUCAAAUAUCUGCGGAUAUUAGAUCUGUCCAAGAACAAUAUAACCAACAUUACGGAGAACAACUUUCGGGGCCAGGAUAAUCUCAUUGAAUUGGAUUUAUCGAAAAAUAAAAUUUUACGCAUGGCAAGCUCAACUUUUCGCCAUUUGACGGAUCUGCGACGUCUUAAUUUGGCCGACAACUCGAUUGUGGAGCUCGUGCAGCGCAACUUCUUCAUGCUGAGCAGGCUCAAGUAUCUGGACCUGAGCGGAAAUCCGCUCCAGGAUUUACAGCCGGAUGUGUUUCGCGAUGUGCCGGAACUGAAAGUGCUCAAGUGCCGCAAUUGUCAGCUGAAAAAAAUCAAUCCGCAGAUGUACAAUUUAUUGCCGCUUUUAAGCGAAUUGGAUUUGGGACGAAACGAGUUCAAGUUCCUCGACAAGGACGAGUUCCGGGAUGUGAAGCGACUCACCAAGGUCCUGCUGGAUGGCAAUCAAUUGUCCGUGGUGGUGGACCAACUCUUUCGCAUGCAGAAGAGUCUUAAUCACUUGGAUUUAUCGUACAAUCGGCUGGCCAAAGUGCCCAACGACUCAUUCCUGCAGCUGACCAACUUGACAUUCCUGGACUUGUCCUACAACAAAUUGGUGCGUCUGGAGCCGCAGUCCAUAAGGAGUCUGAGCAAUCUUCUGACCCUCAACAUAAGCGGGAAUGUCCAGAUGGAUCUCAGAGAGAUACGCGACACCUUUGAGCUCAUACCACAGCUAACCCAUCUGGCCAUUGCUGAUAUGGGCCAAAUGCCCAUUGGCCUUUUGCAUCCUUUCAAGCAGCUGAGGUAUCUGAAUAUAUCCGGCAAUUCCUUGAAUAACACGGCAUUGGAGGUCAUCGAUCCAUGUCGAGAGCUGGAGUUUUUGGAUUUAUCUCGGAAUCAAUUACACGGCAUCAACGAGGACACUGCUCUCAGGAUCCAAGGCAUUCGCAACGUGCGACUCGACAACAAUCCACUGAUAUGCGAUGAAUGUCACAUGGGGAAAUUAAUAAAUGUCGUGCGCCAACUUCAAUGGAAAUGGGAUACAUAUCCCAUUUGCUUCCUGCCCAAGAGCCUGCGAGGUGCAGAAAUUAACAACCUGGACAUCAAUGGCCUUCACACGUGCCUGACCUUCAUCACCGAUGAGGAACAGAAUGCGGCCAGCACUUCCUAUAACUUUCUUGAGCACGGCGGUCUCAAUACUCUGGCCAUUUUGGGUGGCAUCAUCUUUGUGCUAAUUGCCGUCAUUAUACUGUCCUUGGUGGCCUGCUUCUCCAAAAAUCGAGCUCGUUACUAUACCAGAGAGGAUCAUCUGAAUGGCAGCGAGAGCAAAUGCCUGGAAAAGAAUCUGGAGGCGGCCACAAUUACCACGCUGGGCAAUGGCAGUUCGCCGACCACGACUACCACACUGACCCUGGCCACCUCCCCCGCUGGAGCUGGGCCAAAAUCCAAAGGACAGCAGCAACAGCAGGCAAUGGGUCUGAACCUGAGUCCUGCCAACGGCAGCACGCCGCUUCACGGGGUCUCCGAGGACAGCGGCAAGGAAAUCAACUUCACCUUCCCCGUCGACGAUCGUGUCUGCACAAUUGACGAGAUGAUGCUGCCCCCGGCUCCACCGCCGCCCCAGCAUCCCAGCAUGGGCAGCCUCAUGUACAGCGUUUCGCACUCGCCGGGUUCGGCCACGACCAUGGCAGCAGUGGCAGCGGCGGCCACCCUACUUCCGCCUGGAGCUCCCUCCCCAAUGCCCAUGGCCACGCCCACUCCAAUUCCCACGCCCGCGGAGGCUGUGGUGGUGGUGCUGCCCCCGCCACCGCCCAUGCACCGCCAGAUGGAGGGAAGCCUGGCCAGCCUGCGGGAGGUGCAACAGCAGCUGGUGCAUCUGAGCAGCACGCUGGAGCCGCUGGUCAGCGUUAACUGACCCAGGGGAGCUGGAUCACUUCCUCGCAGCCGUAGCCCCAGCCCCAGCAACAGCAACAGCAACAGGACCAGACC